AUGAAAUUCAACAAAUUCACCAUUGACCACAAAAUACCCCGCUACAAAAAAAGCGUUUCGAGCCUUUCCCAAGCUAUAACAGCGGGUGCCAACCGUAAACGCGCCUUCAGCACACCACACAUAUCGACGACAAUUACUUCCAUACUGAAUUUACCACAUAACGAUGAAAAUAGACUAGUGGGCAGCUUGCAACUAUCAGGCAUGCUUAAUUCGCAAUCAGAAAAUUUUAGCACUUGGCCCGUACAAGCGCCGGAACCACGAUCCGAUACAAAUAUAUUUACGAAAAUUGCACUUGGAGAUGAACGUUAUAUGUUGCCAAUAGAUGAUUUUCAACGAGAAGGUUCUGUUGGAUUUGCGAUUGGUAAUGAGGAAAAUGUGAAAGAUAAUGAUGAAGAUGACGAAGCCAUUGAUCAGUUUUCGCCUACAAUUUAUGCUACAGCUAACCAAAGUCGUGCCAUUCCGAUACCAAUGAAUGCGAAUGCGGGUAAUAGUCCACAGCAAUAUCCAACUUCUGGUAGCAUUUGCUAUGGUGCUAGUGUUAACAUGGGCAAUAUGUCUAUCUCCAACAGAACUCUUUCGCCAACAAAUAUAGCGUUUAGUGCAAGUCCUACUGGUACUGGCACACAUCAGUAUGCAUCGGUGCCGCAAUAUUAUAAUGGUUCACCUGAUGGCAAGUCUCCAUCAGCUGCUAGUCUGCCAACAGCUACAAAUGUUGCAUGCAGCUAUGAUCCUGCUUAUGGAACGUCGAUAAAUCGUUUAACACUGUCAUCACAACAUCAUCAUCAACAACAACAACAACAACAACAGCCACAACUGAUAUCGGCUCAACAUUCACAGCACACCAGCCCUAUGAUGCAAAAGCAGCCGCUAGAGGGUGCAACAGCAGUCAUUCCUACUGCUGCUUCGCCAACAUCCUCCCAAAACAG